CAUAGGCUAUUUUGGGGAAGACUAAUAGGACAACCCAGAUGGGAAAACGCGACAGCUUGGACGUCUUCAUGCAAACUAAUGCGUUCAUCUUUAUCACAUAAUGAUAAAAAAGGAAAAUACACAGAUCUCUCUAUUAACAUUGUAGAUUUUGCUGUUCUGAGGGAACCGGAUCGCGCUACUACAUUCCCCUCACACACGGAGACAAGGAUCCCGACGUUCACGUUUCCGAAGAAAUGCAGAUCGAAGGACCACCCAUAACAGACCAAGAACUACCCAAAAACAAACCGGAAAAGAAACAGGACAAUAAUCCCCCAGCAAACUGAUAAAGAGCCAGACCAGUGCAUAAUAGAAUUCCAAAGGCUCCCCCCGGACGUGGCAACAGUGCGGCCGAGCUGCGCAUGCGCCUGGACCGCGACCCGAGACUCUCCCUGUGGCUCCUCCGAGGUCUUAUUUUCCCCUGCCGAGUGAUGCAAAGCCAAUGCAUCACCUUUGAUAUCCGACGGAGCUUCUUCUGUGUCAAGGCAGUUCAUUGAAACAUGAAAUUUAAAUACUGUGGGGAUAACAACGCACAGCUGUCCAGUGGGCGAGGCUACACACUUAUGGAGCUACUGAAAGGCUCUGGCGAGUUCUGCAAGGCACAAUAUCACAUCAAAUAAGCAAAAGAAAAAGUCUACUUCAUAUGCCAAUUUGUGUGCGCGUUGCCUGUGUGUAAGUGCGUGAAUAGCGGGAGACUGAACUUGGUGAUGGGGUAAAGUGAAGGUGUGAAAAAUAGCGGGUCCUUCGUGGCUGCAUUGUUGUUUAUGGUCUCUCUGGCCUAAGCUGUGCGGGAGAGGUCCUGAUCUUCAGCCAGCACUUCGGGCUAAAUCAAAAUUAAGGGAUCACUACUACCACACGUCUGGUGGAGGAAGUUCACUAAAAGUCACUCAGUGCUGCCACCUGCCAGUCCCUUCCUUCACAAGCCCCAUCCUCCUCGACCUUUUUACAGUUUUAAUUUUUAUUGGUGAAGAGCCAAAGCGAAUUCCGGCCAGCCUCGUGAGAUUAUCAUUCAUUGUCAUCUUCCCUUGUUGUGAGCUCAAGCAAACCGCACUUCCAACUCCUCAAAAAAAAAGUCCUCAGCUGUGGGAGAGUCUAUAUACCUCUGCUACUGCCUCUUGUUUUUUUUAAGCGGUAUGAGUACUAACAGUGCAAACAUGAGAUCCAAGAGCAUCCGACCAGCGCCCUCUGAAAUUGAAUUCAAGAAUAUGCGCUUCCUUAUCACAGACCGACCCACAGAUGCUACCAUGCAAUCCUAUAUCGAGGAACUCCUGAGGCAUGGUGUGCAUGAUGUGGUUCGAGUCUGUGAACCAACCUACAAAACUGAUGAGCUGAAGAAGGCAGGAAUUUCUGUGAUGGACCUUGUGUUUGAUGAUGGAACAUUCCCCCCAAGUGAGAUUGUUGAUGAAUGGUUAGGGCUGCUGCGUCGCCGACACCGUGAGGACCCAGGUUGCACUGUGGCCGUUCACUGUGUUGCGGGGCUGGGUCGUGCUCCUGUGCUGGUAGCUAUUGCACUCAUAGAGCUUGGCCAGCGCUAUGAAGAUGCUGUGGAACUCAUUAGGCAAAAGAGGCGAGGAGCCAUCAAUGCCAAGCAACUGGCCUAUCUGGAGAAGUACCGUCCCAAGUCUCGACUUAGGCUAAAGAAUGGCCACAAGACUGGUGCGUGCUGUGUGCAGUAAAGAGAAAUGUAAGGAGAGAAAAAAGGAAAAUGUUGUUGAUAGCCUCAAUUACCAAAUCUCCCCUUUCUUGUCAAUUUCCAUGUUGAUUGAUUUAUAUCCAAAGGCUUAUUAUGUCUUCUUGAUAUGUAGUGACUGUAAGAUGUCCAGUACUAGAAUACUGUGCAGCUUCAGUCAUGCCAAGCAAAAUUUGUAGAAUUGACAAGUUGGAGCCCAUGUAUAUUAUAAAAGGAGGCUG